ACAGAAAGAUCAUUAAUAUUAGUAAGUGGUUAGGUUAUAUCGAUACUAAUAACAUCGUUUCCUUGUAUCGACCCACGAAUUGUCACCAGCGUAGUAUGCUCUCCAUGGUAACCAAGAAGUAAACAAUCAUUGCAGUUGUUUUUGGUGGAGCGAAGCUGAUUUCGUUGGACUGUAAUGCAUUAAGUACUGCUUGAUUCUGUUAUUUUUGCGGUGCGAGUCCAUACUGGACAUUCUUUAGGGAAUGGAGUUUUCAAGGGAAGAGCUGUGUGCACAAGAAACAAGUGCCACAACAAUAACUGACACUUCGGAAACAUAUCAGAUUCGUCCGGAUCUUGACUAUAAGUUCAAGACAACAAUGGUGAAAGAAAUGAUCCAUAGUGUUCUCAAUGAUGAAUUAGGAGGCAAAACUUACAACAAAGAUGAAGCUGAAGUCUGGAUAAAAGUUAUUGCCAACACUCUACGUGGCAAAGUAAGAGAGAUGCCAUUCAAAAAGUACAAAUAUAUUGUGCAAGUGGUUAUUUGUGAGCAGCAUGGAGCUGGUGUGAAAAUUGGUGCAAGAUGUUUAUGGGAUGCAGAUGCAGACAACUAUGCUUGUGAUACAUUUAUUAAUGACACUAUAGUUUGUAUGGCAGUAAUAUUUGCAGUGUAUUUCUAUUGAUUACUUACUGCACAAAAACUUUGAGGCAUGCUGGGGGCAGAAGAUCCGAUUAGCUCGUAGUUCAUUGGCAGCUCAGACAAGCCCCACAUCCUUCUCCCAGGAAUCCAGCGUACAGCUUGUAAAAGAACCUCCCAUGGCAGCCAGCUUACAGCUUAUAUAAGAAAAGAAUGUAUAAUUGGGUAAUGAGUCACAGAAGUCUCAUAAAAAUUGAUGGUGAAUCAUUAGAAGGAGCAGUUACGACAUUGACCAUCACCAGGCAAAACACCGCAUAUGAGUCAACAGUAUUCACGCAAUAGUUACUGAUCAUUACAGCACACAAUACUGUUACAUAGCUUUUGUUGGCAAGAGCUGUAAACAUUGGGGAGCAGCCCAAAAUCAGCUGACUUCCAUUGAUCGUAGAGGGGCCAAGUAAAUGUUUGUGAUUAGUAGUUGUUAUUGCUCACAGCCCAUUUACAUGUAUUGAAGCCAAAGAUAAAUUACACUGAUAAGAAAUUAGGUGGAUCUUUUUGUGAAACUACUACUACGUCUACAUCCAUAUUCUGCAAUUCACAGUGAAGCACACAGUACAGAAUUUCCCAUUAUAACAGUUAUUAGGGCCUCUUCUCGUUUCAUUCACACAUGGAGCACAGCAAUAAUGACUGUUUAAAUGCGUCUGUGAGUACGCUGUAAUUAUCUCCCUACAGGAGUGAUAAGUAGAGGAUUUUAGCAUAUCCCUAGAGCCAUCAUUUCAAGCUUGUUCAUGAAACUUCAUUAACAGGAUUUCUCGGGAUAGUUUGCAUCUAUCUUCAAGUGCCUGGCAGCCCAGUUUCUUCAACAUUUCUGUAACAUUUUCCUGUGGGUCAGACAAACCUCUGACCAUUUGUGCUGCCCUUCUCUAUAGGCUAUACAUUCAAUAUCCCCUAUUAGUUCUAUUUAGUACAAGUCCCACAUACUUGAGCAAAAUUCCAGGAUGACUUACACAAAUGAUUUGUAAGUAAUCUCCUUUAUGGACUAAUUGCACAUCCCUAGUAUUCUUCCUAUAAACUGAAGUGUGCCGCAUGCUUUACUCGAGUCUGAGCUUAUGUGAUAAUUCCAUUGCAUAUUCCCUCAAAGUGUCACAUCCAGCCAUUUGUAUGAGUUGACUGAUUUAAAGCACAUUGCCAGUCUUUACACCACUUUGAAACCUUACCAAGGUCUGACUGAAUAUUUGUGCAGCUUCCUUCGGAUAGUACUUCAUUGCAGGUAACUGUAUCAUCUGCGAAAGCUUGAGGUUACUAUUAAUAUUGCUGCAAGAUAUUAAUGAGUUCACCAGAAAAAAUGUAUACACUCUUUGUCAGGCUCUAUUGAGAUAUUGGUAUUGUCAUUUGAUUUGAGUUACGAGUGUGUUGUAGAAUGGUCUUUAGCUCAACAGUUGUUAGUACUUUCAUCUCAGUAUUGAGAAAACAAGAUGGUUGGAGCACGCUUGACAUUCGAGCAGUGAAAAAGUAUUGUGAGGUGGUUCUUUAUGUUUGAUGAUGAUAAUAAUCCGUGCAACAUCAGUGGAAGUGGGAAUUUCAAACAGAACCACCAACCCGCUUAACAAUUAAAUGCAUCAUUGACAAGUCUGAAUUGUAUGGAAUAAUUUGUGAUAUAUGCAAAGGAAGAUCAGGAAGACAGCGUACAGCUACAAAUCUUGCUUUGUUGGCUCUCUUGUUGGAAACUUUUAUUUAUUCUCCACAGAUGUCUGCUAUGCAAUGUGCGCAUGAAGUUGGGGGUUAGCAGUAAAAGUGUACGAAGAAUUCUGAAAGCUGCAAAGUGGAAAGUUUACAGUCCAUGAUUACUGCACGCAAUUAAUGAUGACAAUCCUGAUCGCCAAAUGCAAUUUUGCGAAUGGUAUCAGCAAAUGGUAACUGCUGAGGAACAAUUUGUGAUGAAGGUAGUGUGGAGUGAUGAGGCACAAUUUAAACUUAUGGAACUUUGAAUUGGCAUAACAGUGUGUAUUGGGCACUGGAAAACCUGCAUGUUUAUGUGGAUGAAGUGGUCAAACUACCAGCGGUUCAUGUGUGAUGUGGAGUAUCAUCUAGGGGCUUAGUAGGACCCCUUUUCUUUGAUGCUACUGUCACUGGAGAAGUGUACCUGGAAAUGUUAUACACAUCAAUUUUGCCAGGUAUACGUGCACUUUUUGGAGCUGAUGAAGAGGUCUUCCACCAACAGGAUGAGGUGCCACCACACUACCAGCUAGCCAUACGAGCCUUCCUGGAUGACGAUUUUCUGGGGCAUUGGGUUGGAUGAAGAGGGCCAGUUGAGUUUCCUCCAUGGUCGCCAGAUCUAACAUCUAUGGACUUUUACUUGUGGGAAACUGUGAAAGAUAACAUCUGUCAAUGUAAGCCACGCACGCUGGAUGAACUUCGCCCAGUACAUUAUAGUGAUGUGUGCAGUGAUCUCCACUGUAACAUUGACUGACAUUGUUGCUGUUACCGCUCGUUGUUCUGUUAUGUGUAUAGCUGCCAACAGUGAACAUUUUGAACAUUUAAAGAAAUCUGGUGCUAAACUGAAGG